GUAGCUGCUGACGCCCAAAAACGCGGCGAUAAGCACGUGAUAGUAUUGACUGAUAAUCGAAAGGAAAAAUUCAUAAUGUAAGGAUCAACCGUCUUCUGUGCUAAACAAAUAUUUGCUCUUUUGCCAGAAGGUUUCAAUAAAAGCUGCAAGCGCGAUUUUUGGGAUGUUUUUUCGACUUGUUGCCAGGUUUAUGUCGAAUAAAUAAUCGGCGAUGAAACAUAAAUGAGUCGAUAAAGUCUUAACGAUGGCGUCUUGUCCUUUCCGGCGAGCAUCUUCGCACGCUCUCCCCAACGGAGCCCUGAAGAGAUCUUUCACGUCGAGACAGUCCUCCAUCCAAAUCCCCAACGACGACCAAGAUGACGAAGACAAAAAUACGCUCAACUUGAAGCAUCUGAAUGAUGCCAUCGUGACGCUGACGGCGCCGCCGAAUGAAGCUCUUCAAGUCGCCUUGGAGUCUCUCCUGCUGAAAGAAAAUGAAACUAAUCCCAGUAGGUACUCCUGUCUAAACCGAUUACCGAGCGACGUCAGCCAUUGUAGCCAUUAUGCCUAUUUGGAGGACUUAUACGACAUCAUUUCCUCCGAGGACGGAAUUGAUGAGUUUGAAUUUCUGGACAAGUUGGGCCAGGAAUUGAUCUCAACGUCUUGCACUGGUCGUCUAGAAAGAGCUUUCAAAUGUCUAGGAAGCGACCUAAAAGAGUUCCUCAUAACUUUGGACGGCGUCCACGAUGUGCUCAAAUACCAGGAGGAGGUGGAGCACGAAGGAGAAGCUUUCAUAUGUACGAGUGACGAAGACCAUCUUCGGCUUGAUUUCACUACGGAGAGGCCCGCCGUGGCUUACCUCCUAGUUGGCAGUCUUAAAGCCAUAGCUAGAAUUCUCUACAACACUCAAGCCUAUGUAGAAGUCGCCCAAAACCAACACGACUCUCGCAAUUUUAGUUUUAAGAUCAGACACAUUGGAGGCGAGGUCUUAGAGACACCCAUCUCGACCCCCAGUCCCGACGUUGACCUCCAGAUGGGCGUGGUCACCUUCUGUAAGGCCUUUCCGUGGCACUUUGUCCUCGACCGAAAACUCGACCUGGUACAACUCGGUUCCGGCUUCAUGCGACUUUUCGGCCGACUGUUGGCAAGCCUGGGUAAAUCCGUGGCGACCUACUUCGAGUUCCAUCGCCCCCGAAGCAUCACCUUAAGCUUCGUCGAGAUCAUAAAGAGGGCGAAUACGCCGUUCGUGCUAGCCAUAAGGAACCUUCCGGGAGUUGAAUCGUUUCCAGCGGAAGGGUUAGAGCUAAAAGGUCAGAUGGUGUAUUGCCCGGAAUCCGAUUCGAUCCUCUUCAUCGGUUCUCCGUUUCUCGACGGCCUCGAAGGGUUAACCGGAAGCGGCCUCUUCAUCUCGGACAUUCCAAUGCAUGACGCCACCAGAGAUGUCAUUCUUGUAGGCGAACAAGCCCGGGCUCAGGACGGCUUACGUCGACGAAUGGAUAAACUCAAGAGCUCGAUUGAGGAGGGCAACAGGGCCGUCGAUAAGGAACGAGAAAAGAACGUCAGCUUAUUGCAUCUGAUUUUUCCGCCAGACAUCGCCAAACGGCUCUGGCUAGGUCAAACCAUCGAGGCAAAGACCCACGAAGACGUCACCAUGCUCUUCAGCGACAUCGUUGGUUUCACAUCAAUCUGUUCCACGACCACACCCAUGAUGGUCAUUAAUAUGCUGCAGGAUUUAUACAAUCAAUUCGACGUGUUUUGUGGCCAACUGGACGUCUACAAAGUGGAAACAAUAGGAGAUGCGUAUUGCGUAGCCGGAGGUUUACACAAAGAGACCGACACCCACGCACUCCAGAUUGCCUGGAUGGCCUUAAAAAUGAUCGACACUUGUUCACAUCAUCACACGCAUCAAGGCCAACCGAUAAGGAUGCGGAUAGGUCUGCAUACGGGGUCGGUUCUGGCAGGGGUAGUGGGGGUGAAAAUGCCCCGUUAUUGCAUGUUUGGCCACAAUGUAACCAUCGCCAACAAGUUCGAAUCCGGGAGCGAACCACUCCGGAUAAAUGUUAGUCCGACCACAUACGAGAGAUUGGUGCGGUUUGAGGGUUUCAAUUUCGAGGCCCGCGACCGGUCCUGUCUCCCCAAGGACUUCCCCGCCAAUAUUCCGGGCACUUGCCACUUCCUCUCUGACUACAAGCACCCGUCCUUACCGCCGGACGACUCUCUCACUCAACACAUCGAAGCCGGCUUGAAGGAAAUCGGACUCAAUUCCGACAUAUCCUAAUAAAGCCGGAGCAAUAAUCCUGCUGCUUGUACCAUAGCGCAAUAAUCGCACACUGUGUAUAUACCGCUGGACCAGACGACGCAAUAAAGUCACGAUUUUCUGUUUUCACCGCUUAUUGUACAUAUGUAAAGACGGGACGAGCUCACCUUAUACCGAUUUUGUGGAUUCGAUGUAUGUACUACUGUGUUCAAACUUCGGACUCGUACCCGAGACUGCAUGUAUAAAGAAAACCAUUUCUAUUUACCUGAAAGUAUAAAGCGUUUGUUCUAAACUUCGGAGAUAGGAAUUUGUAAGAUUGUAGAUUGAGUUUCAAACAAAACUGUCUUUCCUUCUUAAGCUUUAUUCGAUAAAAUCAAAGACUAUUCUCAUGUUAAUGUAUAUUAGGCGUAACAAUUAUUUCUCAUUGUUUUCGACUGAGUUGGAAAAUUGUUUUAUGUUGAAUAAAUUA